GAUGACGUCAUGGGAGCUCGUGAACGGCGGUGCCGGCUGCGGGGAAAGAUAGGAAGCGGAAGAGAAUGUCAGUGGCUGCUUACUGCAUAUUUUGCUGUAGACAAAUAGGAACUUCUGGUCCAGCCACCAAAAAACAGCCAUCGUGGAAUGAUAUAAGAAAAAUUGCAAAAGUAACUGGAUCACUUAUACUAGGAGGUUUUGUAUUCAUUACAUAUGAAGUUUUGUCCUUAAAGAAGUUGCUGCAAAUUGAUACUCAAGCUAUACAUCAAGAAAAGCUUAAAUCCCAUGUGUAUGUACGUACAUCUUCUCGAAAUCCAAAUGAAUAUCAAGGGAUUACAUACCAAGCCAGAAAAGAAAUCCAUAGAGCAGUAAGGAAAAUUCUCGAGACAGAAGCUAAAAUUUUCUGGAGACCUUUUAAUGAGCACUUUAGUACAUUUGAUGGAGAAGAUCAUGAAUGUGCUUUAUGGCUCCUCUUAAAAAGGACUCAGUCAGAAGACAAAGAGGUCCGACUGCAGGCUGUGCAAGAGCUGGCAAAGAACACUCACUGGCAUGAUUAUCAGUAUGGUACUGUUGCCCAAACCUGCGAUCAAAGGACUGCUAUAGGUUUGGCUCGAUCCAAAGAUAUCGACCUUCGCUUUUUCCUGCCUCCACCAUCACUGCCAAAAAUGAAAAAUGAUUAUCUCAUAGAAGAUGAGCUUCGCUUGCUCUUAGUUUCUUUACCUCAGUCUGGCCUUGAUCCAUGUGUCCAGUACUUCACAUCUCUUGCUUUACGUGAAAGUAGUCAGACUCUUGCUGCACAGAGGGGAGGCUUAUGGUGUUUUGGGGGAAACGGACUUCCAUACUGUGAGACUUUGGGUAAAGUUCCUUCAGAGACAGUAGAACUCUUUUGCUUGCAAGCUUUAGUGCAACAUUCUAAGGUUUCAUCUCACUGUGAUAAAAUUGAAGCUCAGGGCGGCCUUCAGCUGCUGCAGAGGAUAUACCAGCUCCGUAAGGAUUCUGCAAAAAUACAGAGAAACAUAAUCCGCAUUAUUGGAAAUAUGGCUUUGGAUGAACGUCUUCAUUCAUCCAUAGUACGUGCAGGUUGGGUUUCUGUACUUGCUGAAGUAAUGAAAUCCCCGCAUGUCAUUCAGUCUUCUCAUGCGUCCAGAGCUUUGGCUAACCUAGACAGGGACACAGUGCAAGAAAAGUAUCCAGAUGGUGUUUAUGUCUUACAUCCACAGUAUCGUAGCAGUCAGCCCAUCAGAGCAGACAUCCUUUUUGUUCAUGGUCUUCUGGGAGCAGCGUUUAAAACCUGGAGACAGCAAGACAUUGACCAACCUGUGGAUAAAAAGGCUUCAGAAGUGCAGGAGGAAUACAGCCAGUGCUGGCCAAAGACAUGGCUGGCUUCAGAUUGUCCUGCCCUUAGAAUCAUAUCUGUGGAAUACGACACCCGUUUGAGUGACUGGAAAGCAAAAUGUCCUGUUGAGCCUCACAGGACAUCUAUUGCUUACAGGAGCAACGAGCUUCUGGAGAAGCUCAGAGCUGCUGGGAUUGGAGAGAGACCCGUGGUGUGGGUGUCACACAGCAUGGGCGGUCUUCUAGUGAAAAAGAUGCUGGUGGAUGCUUCCAAGAAUCCAGAAAUGGGUAAAAUUGUAAACAACACGAGAGGAAUCAUAUUUUAUAGUGUACCUCACCAUGGCUCCCAGCUGGCUGAAUAUUCCAUAAAUGCCAGAUACCUUCUCUUUCCUUCUGUGGAAGUUAAAGAACUCAGCAAGGAUUCUCCUGCCCUUAAGGUGCUGAAUGAUGACUUCCUGUCUGUUGCCAAAGAUAAGAAAUUUCCAGUGCUGAGUUUUGCAGAAACCUUGCCAACGCAUAUAGGCAGCAUGUUGAAACUGCAUGUUGUACCUCUGGAGUCAGCAAAGUUAGGUAUUGGAGAACUUAUUCCAGUGGAUGUAAAUCAUCUUAAUAUUUGUAAGCCAAAGAAGAAGGAUGCUUUCCUGUACCAGCGUACACUGAAGUUCAUUCAGGAUGUUUUAGCCACUGACCUUGGGGAAUGAGGUUUCUGCCAUCCUUGUCUACUUCUAUGUAGUGUAACACAGUCAAGCAGUUUGUUGAACCCUUCUGACAGUGCACCACUGUCUUCAUCAUCACUGAAUGUCACCCAGUGACUGGGGAGUUUCAAGUUUUCUGGACUGUGUGCUGCAGAAACUGCUGACGGCACCUGGCUGGAAAGAUGGCAGGAAGAAUCUGUGUCCAAGUCCAAGAGAUUAGUGUUCUUUGCAAGGGAGCUGCUAUCCGAGAGCAGCGGAGGCUGGCCUUCUGCUACAGUAAUCAAUUCUGUACUGGGUGCCAGCUGUGGGACUGUGUUAUUUCCUUGGCUGGCAGCGAGUGUAGGAACUGAGAGGGCAGAGCACAUGGAGGCAACCUGAAGGACAGAGUCCUGAGGCUGGGGGCAGCCAGGAUUGUUGUUGUUGGAGUUGAACAUUAACUCUCUAAGAAGUGAGUUGUCGCUGCUCUGGAGAACUUGCAGAUGAAGAGCUGCAGGAGCUGACUUUUUUCUUCGUGGUGGCACCUUUGGGAUGAAGGAAGCGUUCUGGGGAGGCGGUGCGUUGGCCUCAGCUGUGCUUGGGGAGUUGGGCUGCUUGUCACUGCUCCCCCUGCUCUCCUGAGGCUUCCCAGGUUGUGAUGUUCUAGGCUUAGGGACUGGAGUAAUCUUGGUCGGACUGAGAAUAGCUGCAUCUUCUAGACAGGGCUCUGGCAAGCCAAAGGGAUUCUGUAUUGUCUGCUGGUCAAAUCGCUCUUCUCUAGAUGUGGCCUGAGAGGGUGAAAAGGAGUAAUAAAUUUGAGAACAAACAUGGUACCUUAAACUCUGAGUCGCUUCCAGUGCAAGUUUUACUGAUGGCAUUGCUGAGAAAAGCUGACAGUACUGAAAAAAACAAGCAGUACAGAGAGGCGGCUUGACAGCACCAUUUGAAACUGUGCUUGUUUGAUUCUUCCUCAAGCAUUAUGCCUUGGACCAGUGUCCAAG